GGUAGAUGAUGAAAUUCCAAACUACCAUACCUUUGUGGCUCACGAGUUUCUCACUCUGAACAGACCAAACAUUAUGGAAGGAAAGAAAAAAGAAAAGAAGAAACAGAGUAACCUUGUCUUGUGAUUCACGAGAUAACUAAAAGCAUUGUCUCUCAUCUGUAAAAACAAAAUAUCUCUCUUUCUCUUCUACUUCUCUACAAAUCUUUAAAGUGUAAUCUCUCUCUCUCUGUCUAUGCCCUGUAUCCUCUCCUCUGCAGAUUUGUUAUGUUCGUUUUUGGUUAUUCUAAGGAAGACAAAUAAUGGGUUGCUCUAGUUCGAGAACCAUGACAGAAGGGAGAAAGGAAAAGAUUAGAAGACCAAAGUCAUGGAAACAUCCUCAGCCGAUAUCAAGAGCUGAGCUCACACAGAUGCGAGAGGAGUUUUGGGACACAGCUCCUCACUAUGGAGGCAAGAAAGAGAUCUGGGAUGCGUUACGAGCUGCAGCAGAAGAAGAGGAUUUAUCGCUUGCGCAAACCAUAAUCGAGAGUGCAGGUGUGAUUGUUCAGAACACUGACCUCACCAUUUGUUACGACGAGAAAGGUUCCAAGUACGAGUUGCCUAAAUACGUCCUAAGGGAUCCUUCAAACUUGAUCAGAACCAAAUAAAGAAAUUUACAAAGAUAAGAAGGAGAAGAGACGAGAAAGCUCGUUUGCGUAUGUUUGCUUUCUAAGGAACCAUGUGGUUAACUUACAGUAGUUAUGUUUUUCUGGUAUGGAUUGGUCGAUGUGUGAGACUGAGACUCUACGUAUGUGAAGAGUGUAACGGAUAUAUAAAUUACAAAGGUCUAUAGAAUUCUUUAUAGUUUUU